GAAAAUAUACCGCUACUUCUUCUUCCUCCUCCUCCUCCCCGUGCUCUACCACCUCCACCGAGUGCGAUCGCGCGAAGGUUUUUCCAAAUCAACAAUGGCGGCGUAAGAUCGCUCGGUCGCUUCUUCUUCUUCUUUACCCUUCGAUUCCAUCGGCAAAGCGACACUCAUGGAGGAGAAGCCCAUCAACUUCAAAACCCUCGUCUCCCGCGAGUACCAGGGGCACAAGAAAAAGGUGCACUCUGUGGCGUGGAAUUGCUUGGGGACGAAGCUUGCUUCGGGCUCCGUUGAUCACACGGCGCGCAUUUGGAACAUCGACCCACAUGGCCAUGGUAAGGUCAAAGACAUAGAAUUGAAAGGUCAUACGGACAGUGUAGACCAGCUAUGUUGGGACCCGAAGCACCCCGAUUUAGUUGCUACUGCAGCAGGGGACAAGACCGUUCGGCUUUGGGAUGCUCGUAGUGGAAAAUGUUCCCAAAAUGUUGAACUUAGUGGAGAAAAUAUCAAUAUCACAUACAAGCACGAUGGUACUAAUAUUGCCGUUGGUAAUAAGGAGGAUGAAUUAACAAUACUGGAUGUUAGGAAGUUUAAACCUAUUCACAGGCUCAAGUUCAAUUAUGAGAUAAAUGAGAUAGCAUGGAAUAAAACUGGAGACCUAUUUUUCAUUACUACAGGGAACGGUACUGUUGAGGUGCUCGCAUAUCCAUCCCUCAAGUUGCGCCAUAAUUUAAUGGCUCAUACAGCAGGUUGCUACUGUAUAGCAAUGGAUCCUCUAGGAAGGUAUUUUGCUGUUGGAAGUGCAGACUCACUCGUCAGCCUCUGGAAUGUCAAAGAGAUGUUGUGCAUCAAAACAUUCACCAAACUCGAGUGGCCGGUAAGAACUGUAAGUUUCAACUAUACUGGAGAAUACAUUGCUUCAGCGAGUGAAGAUCCUGUUAUUGACAUAGCCAAUGUUCAAACCGGACGAUCAGUUCACCAAAUACCAAGUAAGGCGGCGAUGAAUAGUGUGGAGUGGAACCCUAAGUACAAUCUUCUAGCUUACGCUGGAGAUGACAAGAACAAAUACCAGGCCGACGAAGGUGUAUUCCGGAUAUUCGGUUUCGAAAGCAAUUGAGAACCGACGAAAAGCUGCAGAUUUUUGCUGCUAUCAGAAGUUCACUUCUCAGUAUAUUAACAUGAUAAAAUUCUAAUUAACCAUUGAUCAUUAUGUUGUCCCCUCAUCGAGAGUGCGUGAUUUCGCCUUUUUUUUUUCUUUUUUUUUGGUCCUAGAUACCACAAAAUUUCUCUCUUCAAAAUGUAUGAGGUAGAAUCUUAAUGUGUGUAUGUAUGCAUAUGUAAAAUUAGUAUUCUUUUUAUGCAUGUUAUCUAACACUAUUUGUCUCCAGGUUAAAAUGUAUAGACACUCCCUGAACUUUAGCCUGAUUUGAAAUUUGCCCCUAAA